AUGACUCCCUUCCAUCGACUCAGUCGAUUCUUUCGACAGGCUCCAUCUCCGCCACGAACACCCAUAACUUCCAACUUUCCUAUACUGGACUCCGCCGUGAAAAUCGAGGAAGAACGGAUGCCCGCAUUUGAUCGAGGCCUUUUCUACCCUGUCAAACUUGGGGAUGUGUUUCGCUCUAGAUAUCAGGUUCUCAGCAAAUUGGGGUUUGGCGCAAAUUCAACAGUCUGGUUUUGCCGUGACCUCCAUCAACAUCGUUACAUUGCCCUGAAAAUUUACAUCCGCAGUUCUGAGGUGAAUCGGGAAGUCCAAGUGCUUAAGCAUCUCUCAAGCGUGAAAACAAAUCAUCCUGGCAGCUCACUUGUCCGUAAAAUGAUUGAGGAAUUUGAAAUCACAGGACCGAGUGGUAGUCAUCAAUGCAUUGUUUACGAGCCGCUUUUAACGAGUCUUUUGCAUUUUCAAGCUACCCUGAAACCGCAGAGCCUUCCAGAAGACUUACUAAAGGGAGCACUUCAGCAACUUUUACUUGCCCUUGACUACCUGCACUCGGAGGCCCAUGUCAUACAUACUGAUGACUCUAUUUUUCGCGAAUGGGAUACUAGUGAGGAAGCCGAGCCUAGCCCGCGGAAGGUUGAUAGCAGCCAUACUAUCUAUAAGUCUCGGCCGUUCCAUCGUAAGAAGGGAUGGAGUGGCUUUGGAAUGCCACUUCUUUCGGACUUUGGAGAAGCUCGUCUAGGGGAUGUGCACGACGGGUCGAUCCAACCAGACAUUUAUCGUGCGCCUGAGGUCAUCCUUGGGAUGAGUUGGACGUCAAAAGUUGACAUUUGGAAUGUUGGAGCCUUGAUUUGGGACCUAUUUGAAGAUCACCAUUUGUUCGAUGGUAGAGGACCCAACGGGGACCAUUCGGACGCACAUCUUCUCGCCGAAAUGAUAGCAAUGCUGGGCCCUGCCCCCCUUAAUUUCCUUCGCAAGGCUCCUCAGAGUCGGAAGUACUGGGACUCCAAUGGGCGAUGGAAGGGCGCAAUAGAAGUACCACAGUGCUCAUUGGAGGACUCGGAAGAGUACCUUGAAGGUGAAAAUAAGAAGAUGUUCAUGCAGUUUGUGAGAAAGAUGUUGCGAUGGGAUCCAGAGGAGAGGCAGAGCGCCCCUGAACUUCUAACAGACCCAUGGUUAAUAGCUCAGUAA